AUGAAGCUCCUUCUCUUGACACUCUUCUUGCAGCUCACUGCUUUCAAACCUGUUGCUCCGGCGGCCAUAGGUUCCAAAGAAGCUAAUAUGUCACUGGCCGAAAGAUACUUGGAAAUUUAUUAUGGCCUCAAGAUUGAGAGACAUUCAACAGUAAAAGUAAAAAUCAAUGAGCAUGUCUUGGAGGAUAAAAUCCAGGAAAUGCAACAGUUCUUGGGGCUGAAAGUGACCCGACAACUGGACCCACCAACUGUAGACAUGAUGCUCACUCCUCGGUGUGGAGUGCCUGACGUUUACAACUACAGGACCCUGUCAAGAGGGCCAGUAUGGGAAAAGCAUGACAUCACCUACAGAAUCAAUAAUUACACACCAGAUAUGCGUCCUGAGGAUGUUGACAAUAUUAUCCAGAAAGCCUUUCAAGUCUGGAGUGAUGUGACACCUCUAAAGUUCAGGAAAAUCUAUUCAGGCGAGGCUGACAUCAUGAUUCGCUUUGCAUUUCGAGAACAUGGAGACCUCAACCCUUUCGAUGGCAAAGGGGGAGUCAUCGCCCAUGCUUUUAAGCCUGCACCUGCUGUUGGAGGAGAUGCCCACUUUGAUGAGGAUGAAACCUGGUCAAGGAGCAACCAAGGCUUAAACCUGUUUCUAGUGGCUGUCCAUGAGAUUGGUCAUUCCUUGGGUCUUGACCAUUCCAAGAAGUCAGAAGCUAUAAUGUACCCCACCUACCGUUAUACUGACCCCAACACAUUUCGCCUCUCUGCUGACGAUAUACAAAGCAUUCAGUCUCUUUAUGGUGGCCCAGAAACAUCUCGACCAAUGCCCAAUCAACCAAAUACAGACGCACCUACCUGUCGUCCCAAUUUGCGUUUUGAUGCUGUUAGCACAGUGGGAGAUAAAAUCUUCUAUUUUGUAGACAGGUUCUUCUGGUGGAAAAAUGCUGGGAGUUCAAAGAGCAAAACUGCUCUCAUUGCUUCUUUAUCACCAAAUGUACCCACUGGUAUUCAAGCUGCUUAUGAAAUUGGAGUUCAAAAGAAGCUCAUUAUUUUUAAAGAUGAUAAAUAUUGGGAGUUCAUAAAUCUAAAACCAGUGUCAAACUACCCAAAGAACAUCAAUUCUUUGGGCUUCCCUGGCUCUGUGAAAAAAAUUGAUGCAGCCGUUUUUAACCCAAUUACAUCUAAAACCUUCUUCUUCGUAGGAACUCAAUAUUGGAGGUAUGAUUGAAAGGAAGACAGCGCAUGGAUGCUGAUAUCCCAGAAAUAGUUGCUGCGUAGCUUCCCAGGAGUUGGGCCGAAAGUUGAUGGAGUCUAUUAUUACAACAGAAACUACUACUACUUCUUCCAAGACUCUACCGUGCUUGAAUAUAACGUGCAACUCAUCGUGGCAUCAGGACACUGA